AUGCACCGGCUUCUACAGCCUCUUGUUGCAGCUGGGCGUGAAGGUGUUGACAUGGUCUGUGCAGAUGGGCGACUGCAACGAGUCCACCCAAUUCUUGCUGCCUAUGUUGCAGAUCAUCCUGAACAAUGCUUGAUUGCAUGCACGAAGGAAAGUUACUGUCCAAAGUGUCAUGUCCCCCGCGAUAGUCGUGGCAAACCCUUAACAUCACUCCUACGAGACCCAGACCGCACAUUAACAAUGUUAAAGCAACAAAAAACAGGAUGGCGGGUAGCUGCAUACACUUGUGAGGGUCUGCGUCCUGUAUAUCACCCCUUCUGGGCUGAUCUCCCUUUGGCCAACAUCUUUGCAUCUAUCACACCGGACAUCUUGCACCAAUUGCACAAGGGUGUAUUCCAUGACCAUCUAUUAAAAUGGUGUAUGGAGAUUGCAGGAGAAAGAGAAAUUGACGAAUGUUACCGCACCAUGACAAAUUACCCUGGCCUUCGCUACUUCUCACAGGGAAUUUCCCUUGUGUCUCAAUGGACAGGGACUGAACAUCAAGAAAUGCAGUGUGUCUUCAUGGGGGUCUUGGCUGGUGCUGUCCAACCAAAGGUAGCUCGAGCAGCCCGCGCCGUUCUCGAUUUUAUAUAUUAUGCACAGUUUCAUUCGCAUACUUUGCAGUCCCUGAAUGCUCUGCAAUCUGCACUAGAUGAAUUUUACGAACAUAAGCAUAUUUUUGUGGACCUUGGUGUAUGUGGAGACUUCAACAUACCUAAACUGCACUCAAUGGUUCACUACAUCAAAUCUAUCAAGUCCAGGGGUUCGGCUGAUGACUUCAAUACAGAGUUUCCUGAGCAGCUGCACAUAGACUUUGCAAAGGACGCAUACCAGGCAACAAAUUGGAAGGACUAUGUGGUCCAAAUGACAAGAUGGUUAGCAUGCCAAGAGGCCAUGGAUCAAUUUGAAGCUUACCUUGAUUGGAGGUUACAAAGAGAUGGUGUGGAUGAGAAAGAUGAGACUCAAACUGAUGGAGAUGAUGCGGAAGUAGAAGUUGGAGAUGUAACAUGA